AUGGAGUGUGGCAGGAGGUGGUGGUGGACGGACGGGGUGACGGUGCCGGUCGUGGAGACGGAUGGGUGCCUGGCUGUCUGGGUCAUGGGCUCGUGGGUCGGCAGAGGCGGUUCGGGUGCACGAGAGAUCGGGGACCUGAAUCACAGGAUCUUUGGGGAUGACUUCACAGCAUAUAUUGUUUUCUUGUCUCAGCUCAUCAGUAUGCCUGACGAUGUGACGUUGCUUGCGAAAAGAGAAAUAAUUGUGCACCACCUUGACAGUGAUGAAGAUGUCUCAGAAUUUGUGAUUCUCUCAUUCUUCACUAUGCUCAGUAAAGAUGCGGCAUUUGACUUCAGUGGUGAAUAUUACCUUAAGCGUCUCUGCCAGAUUAUGGAAGUUCAUUAUCAAAGUCGUCUAAACAGGUGGAUGGCAUGGCUCUGGCUUUACCACUUCAGCAAUCCUUGGGUAAUUAUCACUGCUGUAGCGGGAAUAGUAGUACAUAUCUGCACUGUCUUACAGACUAUCUUUGAAAUAUUGGCCUAUGUAAAGCCGCCCGCAUAGGUUUCGGUGCAAGUAUGUUUGUGUUCUGCAACAAUCUGAUAUAAAUA